AUGAGGUCCAUGACUUCAUUCUCAAGACCACUUACAGUUUUUUCGUACCAGUUGAGAUUGCACCAGCCCAAUUCUUGCUUGCGUUUGACACCAUCGAGAGCAAACUCUUCGGUACCCCAAAAAAAAUCUAAAAUCGAAGAACCUCCGAUUCAAAUUGACAAAACAACCUUACAUAGGAUACCAGGUGAAUCAGUUCAAUCUAAUAAACUGAUUGAUAGGAUUCCCAAGUUUCCACUCAGCAAGGAAGCUGUUCCAACAUUGUUACCAAGACCAGGAGUUCCAAUGGUAGGUCCAAAUAUGCCCUUCCGCAAGAUGGUAGAGAUAUUAGAAAGCAAGUCCGAACCAGAGCUGAUUUAUGAAGCAGAGCCGCAUAGACUAUAUUUUGUUUUCUGUGCUUGUUUUGCUCUAGUCUUUGCUGUCUACGGGAUCAAUGUUCUAACUAUUGGAAUGGAACUAGCAUGGAGUACUUUUGAUAAAAAUGAACUUGCCCUACCUAUGGCCCCUAAAGUGGUUAAUUUCAUUGUGCAAAGUUUUUUGACCAUCGGUCUGGCAUGUUUUCCCUUGGGAUUUGCUCUUUUGUUUGUUUAUACUCCCACGAGAUUGGUGAGACGACUGUGGUACAUUCCUGGCUCUAAAGGGGAGAAGCCUUUGGUUCAGAUUUUGACACAUCCCCUAGUUCCGUCUAGACCUUCACCAAUUAUAAGCAUUCCCGUUGAGAACCUUAAUAGAGCACAGACUUCUAAGGUAUGGACAGGUAGAGGUUUCUAUGGAACGGUAGACUCGACUAUAUUCUUCUUCCUGAGGGAGACUGGUCGCAGGUUUCCAUGGAUUGUAGACCGAAAGGGUUUCUUUUGGGGAGAUGGAAGAAUUCACGAUUAUUUGUUUGGAAAAGAAACUAUUGAAGAGGCCGAAAAGGGAUUAUCCUACGAUCAGAAGAUUGGUAUCAUGAACCAACGAAAAAAGGCUGGGGAAGAGAAGUUGAAGAAGGAACUUGGUGUAGGAUGGAGAUACAAGGCUCAAGCCAAACUACUCAAAGAGGACAUUUCCAAACUGAAAAAGAUUGUCAAGCAGGUUCCAGGCUCCAAUUCGGAAAAGAAAAAGCUCAAAUAG